AUGUCUACUUCAUUCCAAUACAGAGACGCCGGCGCACAAACUGUUGAAGAUAUAUUCUUCGACGCUCCUGAGGAGUUAUACGAGGAUGCCCUAGAGAAUCAAGAGGUUCAAUGCGUUGAAACUCAUCCAUACCUUGCCAAUCCAGACAAGAACCACUAUCCAGAUCUCCCAACAGAAUACCUGCGGGAUGAAAUCCAGACUUUCAAUUCUUAUGAACCAGCCCCGUUUCAAGUGAGCGAUCCUGAGUAUGAGAUGCUUGAGGUGAUUGAGGAAUGUCUCAUCAAUGUACAAGAACAUUAUGAAGAAAAGAUGAAGAAGGAAGACCGUAGAUUCAGCCAUGUUAUGGCUCUCUAUAAGGAAGUCAUCAGUCGUUCACUCGAUCCUUCAGAGAUGCGCACGCUUGAAGCUCUCAGAAAGGAGAGAAAGCUAUAUACCAGAUGUCUCAACGAAAGCACGAGAUAUCAGAGACUCCUAGACAGAGAGUAUUUGGUUGAAUUUAACGAACUCAAAAUGGAGGCAGGUGACAUCAUGGAUAAAUGGAACUCAAGACAAAUCUCGUUGGUUGCAGUCCCUCACAAACUGCUUGUUGAAGAACAUGCUCGCUGGACAUUGCUUAGACAAAAGCAAAUGGAGUAUGUUCACGAUAAGACGAAGAAUGUGGUCAAGGAGCAGGCAAAACGAAUCCGAGAACUUGAGUAUGCACUCUCUGUAGCCCAGCAGAAACCUGCAGCCACGCCAUACAUCUAUCAUGAAACAAUUGGUAUGACCCAAGCAGAAGUCAUGGUUGAUGCAUAUCAAAUGAUGUAUCAGCAACAAGGAAACCACGGCGUCCAGAAUGUUGUACAGCCCAGUGGAUAUCUUGCACAAUCCGAUAACAUUGCAGCUCCGAAUGAGCAAGAGCAGGUGAGUGGGGAUGAGAACUUUGCUCAGGCUCGGCAACCACAUGACUCCGAGAACACAGGCAACCCGGAAGUAUUAGCCGAUUCUGGAGAAAUUGAACCACUUACAAUCGCCGAUGGCCAACAAGAGGCCCUCCACGAAACAAAACUUCCUCAAGCACCCCAAGCAUGGAAUGGCCAACACCAGGAGAGCCCAACGCUCGCGGCUAAUUCUGUGAAAACUGAUGAUGGCACCAUCUCAAAUGGUCCAGCUGACAUCAUCGAGGAAGGAGAAAUUGUUGAAGCAGAGCAGCCAGUUGGUUUCGAACAGCAAGAAAUUCUAGAGCAGGAUGCCAAUUUGCCUCGGGAUCAAUCUAACUUUGCGACACCCACUAGACAAGAAGAGCCAAUCGCUACUGGAGGCAUCAUUUCCCAGGUACAGGAAAAUAUUGAUGACAACACACAAGAAGUCCAACAGCCAGUAAAUCCUCUACCUACCCCGCAUCUAGAUGCUGCAUUCCCAAUCAUUGCAAAUCGACAGAUGCAACAAGACAGUUACGUCAACUAUAUGGAAGACGAGGAAGAUGAAGGCAGUAUGUAUCCCGUGCAUUCUAGAGAUCCAAUCAAGAGAGCAUGGGCCAGAAAGAAGUUGGAUCUAGACUUUGACAAGAAGAAGAUAGAUAUUGUGGAUGAAAUCAUGCAGACAGGGAGAAAAGAGGCUGCGUUGGAGAAGUGGGCCGAUACAGUCACUUGUCUCUUAGCAGAAGUUCCACCAGAUGACCGUGCUACAGAGUACGAUAUCCAGGACUUCGACGAGGAUGAAGAAACUGAUGACGAGUAUGGCCGCAAGCGCACUUUCGGUACAUAUGAGGAAGACGAUGAACAUGAGGAAGAACACAGCAGAAAGCGUGUUAGACCGAUAGGCAGCAUUCCCACCCGUACUGCGGCAAAUUCGCUUAUUUUUGAAGCAACAUCGGACGAUUCUCCUGAUCAAAAUAUGUGGGAGGAGCCAGCCACUAACUAUGUUGGGCACGAUGGUGUGCAUUAUGACCCAGAUGGUCGACGUCAACACACGCAGGCUGAUGCUGGACAAGAACAUUUCAAUCAUGAUGUCAAUGAUGGCGGCUACCCUGUCCGCCAGGAUACCUCACUUCCACCACAGCAGCAAAAUCCAAGCCCUCCAAAUGCUUCGGCUUCACGGAUCAGACCAUAUCGUUCAAGAUUUGCUGCCGCUAGGCGCAAUGAUCCGGCACCUACUAGACAAAGCAGGCAGAAAAUGCUCCGAAGUCAAUGGGGUCACUGGCAAACUAAGCUAUUUAGCCAAAGAUAG